UCCGGGCGCGCGGUGGAGACCGGGGAGCACGGGCAGGGUGCGCGCGCGGCCGGCAGUCGAGUCGGCACGCUCGUCGCGCACGCACCAUGCCCGCGCCCACGCCCGCGCUCUGCGCCGCGCUGCUCUGCGCCCUCGUCGGCGUCGGCGCCAGCCUACACUGCGCCAUGCGACGCGAGAUCUCCCCCUGCACCUGCCGCCGCGAGGACACCGGCACUGGCGCCAUCCACGUCGUCUGCCAGCGCAUCAACACCUACCAGGAGAUCGCCGCCGCCCUCGCAAACAAGUUCAGCCCCAAGACCAAGAUCGGCCUCGACAUCUCCUACUCGCAGCUGCCCGACUUCGGCGCGCACAGCUUCCGAGACCUCGGCCUGUCCAUCACCAGGCUCAAGCUCAACUACGACAACCUCAGUGAGCUCCACGAGAAUGUGUUCACGAAGCUGGACCUGGUGGACUACUUCAGCAUCGGAGACAACGCGCUGCCGGAGAUGCCCAAGCACGUGCUGCGCCACCUGCCGAGGGUAAAGACCCUCGACCUCUGCCGGAAUAAGAUCACCAGACUCACGGAGGAUGACUUUCAGGAUAUCCCAGAGAUAGAACAUUUGCUAGUGGCGGGUAACCAGAUAUCGAAGAUCGAGAAGCAUGCGCUACCGAAGGCACUGAAGCACAUACACCUGGGCAUCAACAACUUGAGUACGCUGAACGGGGCGCUACGGGAUUUGGACAACUUGGAGUGGAUCUUCAUCAACGCCAACCAUUUGAAAUCUAUAGACAACGAGCUGCCUGUUAAAGCCAAGAAAAUAGUUUUUAUCCACGCUGCUCGAAACGAGCUCCAAAACCUGCCGAAGGAUUUGAGGUUGAUGACGUCCUUAGUUUCCCUCUUCUUCUAUGAUAAUAACUUGAAGUCCCUGGAUGGAGUCUUGCAGAAGUCCAGAAAACUACACAGAAUAGGCCUAUCAUUCAAUAAAAUUGAAACGCUAGCCGAGGAUGAGUUUACCGAGGCAGACAGCCUCGCUGAACUGGACAUAGCCUACAACCAACUGCGAUCCCUGAAUGGGUCGCUACGGAGUCUCAAGUCCCUACGAUAUCUCAACCUGACUCACAACCAACUCACGGAGUUCUCGCUCCAAGAGAUCAAGGGGUUAACGAAGCUGUCUGUUAUCGAUUUAUCGUAUAACAAAAUAAGCCAUUUGACCGGGAAAAUGGAAAACAUGGUAGACGUUGAGACGAAAGUGUUGGAGCUGCGCCUCAACAAUAACUUCCUAUACAACAUAGGGGGUGCUCUCAUGGGCCUGCACGGGCUGCUGAGGCUCAACCUGAGCCAUAACUACAUCCAGCAGAUAUCGCCUGACGACUUCAUCGGCCUCGACGAACUCAAGCUACUGGAUAUAUCGAACAAUCAAAUCACCACUUUGGAAGAAACAUCGAAGACGUUUCUGCCUGCCUUGGAAGAGUUGAUAGCCCACCACAACAAUAUCACCGCCUUGGACAAAGACUUCCACGGUCUGCCAUUGCUUUGUCUGGCUGAUCUCUCAUACAACCAGAUCCGCAGUGUGAACUAUGACCUGGUCUCCAAAACACAUUGCACCAUCAAUAGAGUGUCCAGUGUAUUGAAGAUUUACCUUCAAGACAACCCAGUGUUAUGCGACGAGCACCUAUACGAGCUGAUGAACGAGUUGGAGAAGCGGAGUGCUAGAGUGAGCGGCGCGGCGACGUGCGCGGCGGCGGGGACGGCCGCACCGGCGCUGAUGCGGGCCCUGAACGACGUGGCACCCGCCGCGCCGGUCUACCUACUCCAGGAUGAGCCACGCUACCGCCGCGUCGGCGCCCUCCUCGGCCACGUCAUACCGGCCCGAGACGGCGGUCUCCCGGUCCUCAUCGAGCCCCCAGUCACUCUCCCGCCCCCCAGCUCCAACGUCGUCGUCAAGUGGCCCGAUGAGCGCCCGCCCCUACACAACACUUCCCCGCAGUGAUCUGCCUGCCCCGUGCUACUGACUGACAAUACAACUGCCAUUGUGCGGCUAGUGAGUCUGGUUUCGGCUGGACACUGUCUUCCCUCUUCUUUGCUCUGCGAAAGCUUUUCGAAACAGGUUUUAAUGAAUUUUCUUGUUGUUAGGUAUGUCACUGUACUUGUCUUUUACGAGAUAAAAUUGGUUAAAUUUCUUAUAGGUACUUACUUGUAGUUUGAAUUAAGUACCUAAUAUAUCGUAUUGUGAUGCACAAUAGCAGUUGUUGUUGAUGAUCGAGCAACACUGGGUGCUAAUUGGAGCCCGAUCUUGCAUAGUUUUUCGACUUGCAAUAUAUCACUAUUGGUUAUAAGAUUAUGGUUCGGGAGUGUGUCAUGCAGUCAUGCUAUAAGCAUAGGAGCCAAAACAAAUUACAUAUUAUCAAUAUUAAGUAUUUCGCGAUGCUUUGAAGAGGAAAGAUUGACUUACAGGCGGCGCCUAUUGGCAUGGUCAACAGUUUAUUUAGUUAGGUCGUUGAAGCUAAAAGUUCAAUAUUCUCGCCCCUACAUUAAAAUUAAAAUCAAUAUUAGUAUUGAGAGAUUAAUACGUUAAAUUUGUUAGAUGCAAUGGGGGGUAAAUACCUACCAUACGUAAAAGUUUGCAUUUUAUGACAAAAAUCCAUUCAUGCCUAAUUUCUGAGAUACUAUUCAAAGUAAGUUUUAUAUACGUAGCUACUUACCCGCUUAUGAUUAGAUAAUAAUAUAUUAUAAUAUAUUUGUGCAUUCCCGAUAGCAAACAAAGGAACAAAAAGUAGUUGUAAGUGGGAUUUUUAUUUUCUAUCCAGACAGAGACUUGACAGACAGGUAGGUAUCAUUUUCUUGAGAGAUUGAGGAAACCCGGUCAAUACUAUUUUUAUCAUAUUUUAUACAAGCAUGCAGUUUUAAAAACUUUAAUAAAUUAAGUACUAACUAUAUCGUUUUGGAUAUGGAACUCAUCAAAUUGUAAGAAAAUUAUAUGCGAUGACCAAUA